CAAGCUACCCAUGAAUGGUUGCGGUCCGCCAUCAAAACAACUUGAAGAAGGAGAAGCUACUCAUGAAUUUUCUCCUCAAAAGUCAAAUCCGUUUUCCAAAAUUGACAUACCCUAGUAUCUAAAUGAUAACGAAGAUUAUUAGUAAUUACAGGUUUCAAGAAGAUCAGGUUGUCCAGGUGUGUCAAUAUUAUUUUGAACACUAGCUAGCUAUCUUGCAAGAUAAUGCUAAUUCCACAUUGCUAGCUAGCAUUUUUGUAUGUAGCUUGCUAGCCAACAACAUUGUGCAUUUUGACAUUUAGAUGUUGUAUUUUCUUUAGUAGCUAAUGCACUGUUAAAUUAAUUCGUGAAAUUGGUAUAAUAUCAGGACAAAUGGCUUUUUCCAUAGUUUAUCACACAGGGUGAAGGUUUUGUCCUGAUACAUGGCUGUUGUGCUUGCUAACACUGUCAUUGCUACACUACUAACCGAAUAUGGAGUCUACAGUGAUGUCUGAAGAAGUGAUCGUCGUGGAGUGGGCAGAUCCUGGUGUGUCAGAGGAGGGAUGCCAAGUCCAAAUCAUUACAGACAACCACUCUGCAGUGUUCUCUGACAGCUUGGUCCAGAAUAUAUUGGUGAACACUGUGGUACAAGGCCAAGAGGAGGGUCAUCAACUACUAGAUGACAACGGUAAUGACCUCUAUUGUGAGGAGUGUCAUACCUCCAACAAAGACCAGUGUGAUGUCCAAGGUGGUCUGUCCUUCAUGCUGGACUCUCCCACUCCAAUGGGUAUACCCCAGAGGGCCCUCCUCACCCUACCCCAUGGGCUGGUGGUAGGCAGGUCCAGUAUCCCAGGGGCAGGCCUGGGGGUCCUAAACCAAGGGCCAGCUGUGGCACCAGGAAUGCACUUUGGCCCCUGUGAGGGGGAGGUGACUACCAGGGAAAGAGCAGUAGCAAGUGACUAUUCCUGGGAGGUCUGGAACAGUAAGAGUGAAUCUGAGUACAUCGAUGCUGCACGAGACACUCAUUCCAACUGGAUGAGGUAUGUUAACUGUGCUCGUAAUGAAGAGGAGGGUAAUCUCAUAGCACUCCAGUACAGGGGGAUUGUUUUCUUCCACUGCUGCCGCUCCAUCCCCCCAGGAGAUGAGUUCCUGUUUUGGCCUGGGGGCAGAUUCAUCGAAAGGUUUAGGGACCCCUCUGACCAAAUCUGGCUCCGAAAGUGCACCCCUUCAGAGUUUAGAACAGAUUUGUCGUCUCAGGUUUUCCUCUGCUGUCAGUGCCAGCUUACUUUCACCACCAAGUCCUACCUUCAAAAACAUACAGAGAAAUCACACUCUCUGGACCUAUCACCUGCGUCUGAACUGAGUGAGCUUGACAAUCACCUUUCUAACGGCAAUGUAAAGGCAGACCCGAUGUCGUCGUCCUCUGUAGGGGAGUUGGCCUACCGGUGCCCUCAGUGUCCUAAGAGCUUUAAGCAGAAGGGCCACGUCCAGAGACACAUGCGAAAUGUCCACUCCAAGGUGAAACCGUACUGCUGCAUCCAUUGUAGGAGGUGUUUCGCUCAGCUGUCUUGUCUGGCCAGACACCAGAUACGAGUUCAUGGAAAGAAGAAGAAGCAGGAAAUAGAAGAGUUUAUGUCUGAAGAGGUCAGAGGGAAGAGUCAGCCAUCCCCUGACAGGACCCAGGAAACAGAGUCCUCCACCUCCGAUGCUCCACCUACAGGGACCUCUGUCUUAUUCCCGUGUCCUCACUGCCCAUUCUCUUCUACUGUGGAAAGCAGCCUUUGUCAGCACAUGAAGAGCCAUGACCAAAGGGAAAAGGUCAUCAAAAUGCAGGCUUUUGUAGAGGUCAGAGGAGAGAGCACCCAUAAACCUGAAUCCCCAGAACUCCCCUCUGAUGCUCUACAUACAGAGCCCCAGACAGAUGAGCCGGCACAAAGAGGUGAGGAGGCCAACAGCUGCUCUCAGUGUGGGAAGCGCUUUAAACAGAAGGGCCACUUUCAAAGACACAUGCGAGCUGUCCACUCCAACGUCAGACCCUACUGCUGCCCCCAGUGCAGGAAGUGUUUUGCUCAGGGGUAUGACCUGGCGAGGCACCAGCUACGAGUUCACGGAACGAAGAAGAAGCGUCGAGUAGUAGAGGUCAGAGGGGCGAAUCUGCCCCGGCCGCCCUCUGACAGCGCCUGGGAACCGGAGCCCCCCUCCACCAAUGAUUCAACUACAGAGACCCAGACUGGAAGAGCUCCCUCUCAGAGACUAAGGAACCUCAGAGUAAAGUCCACCAGGUCCUCUAAAGCCAAAACUAAGACAAACGCACCAAAACAAAGACAAAUCAGUACCAAGAAGAGAUCGCAUUCAGAUCCUGAUUCAGAUGCUCUGGACAUGGAGGAGAAGGAGAUGGAGGGAGAGGCUGUUGGAGAGGAGGCCCAGUACAGCUGCACUGAGUGUCAGGGAACCUACGACAACCCAGAGUCUCUCAGAUCCCAUCAGUGCAUCCAGGUCGUGGUGGGGCCGCCGCCGUAUUCUUGCUCUACAUGUGGGGUUACCUUCAAACGGUACACCACCCUGAAGAAGCACAAGCUCAACAAGCACCCGAAGGAAAAUCUGCGUUAUUGCUGCACCCGCUGUGGAAGGUUCUUCAGUCAGGCUGCCAGUCUACAGCGCCACCUGGAGGCAGAAGUAUGUAAGGACAUCCAGCUGAGCUCUGAAGCUGUCCCCUGCUCCUACUGCCAAUUCUCCUUCACCGAGGAGAGGUACCUCCGGAAGCACGUUAAGAGACACCACCCUGAGGAGUAUGUCUCUCAAGCCUCAGGCCUGGGCUCAGGCCUCAUUCCGCCAGAGCAGAAGGCCGUGGAGGGGGGAGAGGUCCACCUCUGCUUUCAGUGUGGGAAGAGCUACAAGUAUGUCAAAUGCUUCAAAUCUCACAGGUGUUUCCAGUCAGUCACAGCCAAACGGUACUUGUGCAAUGACUGUGGGAAAGGUUUCUCUUGUUUCUACAGCCUUAAGCAGCAUCAGCGGAUUCACACGGGAGAGAAGCCAUACCGCUGUUCUUAUUGCGAGAAGUGUUUUAGCCACUCUGGACAGCUGAAUGUGCACGUGAGGAUACACACAGGGGAGAAGCCUUUCCUGUGUACAGAGUGUGGAGAGACCUUCCGUCAGUCUGGGGAUCUGAAGCGUCAUGAGAGAAAACACACUGGGGUGAAACCAUGUACCUGUCCUGAAUGUGGGAAAAGCUUCAGUCGACCUCAGAGUCUGAAAGCUCACCAGCUGCUGCACAACGGAGAGAAACUGUACAAGUGUGAUCAGUGUGUCAAAAGGUUUUCACGAAAUUAUCACCUGACGAGACACCAUGAAAAGAUGCACUCAUAAUGUCUGCACCACACACACUAUUUACUACUUGGUUAAGUUGAUAUUUCUGUAGCAGAGCAACAUUCACAGAUCAGAAUACCAUUCUAUUUACAAGUACAAGCAUGUGAUUUGUGUUUUAUUACUGCUUGACCUCACUAACGACCUCACUAAUGUUUGAAUGGAAGCAAAGCCCCUGCAGCAAUGUUCCAACAUCUUGUGGAAAACCUUCCCAGAAGAGUGGAGGCUGUUGUAGCAGCAAGGGGGGACCAAAUCCAUAUUCAUGCGCAUGAUUUUGGAAUGAGAUGUUUGACGAGCAGGUGUCCAUACUUUUGGUCAUGUAAUGUAUCUUUGUACCUGGAGGACAAUUCAGUUUGUAAACUGAAGAUGAGGGAAAUAGAAAAUGAAUUAAAAAUAGACUGACUUCAUUA